ACUCUUCGACCUGCUUGUCUCUAUGAGAUGUUAUUGCCAUACAGUCCAUUUCGACACGUACGUGACGUCACCAAGCCACGUUACAGGUCAGAUCUGUGGGAAGGCAACCCUACUCAGUAGUAAGUUGACGUAUUUAGGAGGAAUACAAUGUGAAAUUUAAUGAUAAAAAAUAUGGUAUCAGUUUUGCAGGCAAAGGAUUGCCUGUUUGUCAAUAGUGACACACAGGUAACGGAAGCCCCAUCAAAAAAGUUACACAGUGCACGUUUAAAUGCCUUUAUCUUGUUAGGUGGAGAAAGGAUGGGGUCACCAUAUAUGUCCACUGGAAAGUAUGGUCGCUGGGAAUCCUGUAGAGAUGAAGCAGUUAUUCCAAAGACAGAACUGGAGUCAUGAAACUAUAACAUAUCCAUGGUAAGUACUUGGCCCUGGCUAGCCCACGCACGCACGAUCACGUCACACGUUGUCCCACCCACAUAUUUCUGUAAACCACCUUGCGUAUGGAAGUAUGGCGGCCUCAGCGAUAAACUAGCAUUUAGGCAAAGUUUAUGGUUCAGAUUUCCACGAGAGAGAAAUGAAUAAGUAUGAAAUUCCAUGGGUUGGUAACGAGCGGCGAGGCGAAUGUGACCAGAGUAAAGCAAUUUCUGUAGAAGUUAGUGGAGUUUAGUUAGUGGAAUUUCUUUAAUAUCUCUACGCCUUCUUGAUUGAAGUGCCUGUACUCUGGUACCGCAAGGGAAGAAACUCCGCAAGAGUUGACGCGGAAGUUUGAAGAAGGUUUCUUUUGAAGAGUUGCACUGUCCAUGCAGCACGCGAAGGACAAUUGUGUUUUAAGUGUUUAUUGUAGAUGAUGGAGUGAAUUCACGACUCUGAUUUAGAUGUCCAAAACCGAGUGCUGUCUGCUCAAUGUGCAUUGAAGGGUUAGCUCCCAUGGCUACUUUAAGCAUUAGCUUGAGGUCGGCGGCUAACCAGCAAUCCCCGCGAUUUAAAGAUGCUUUUGAAGUUCCCUUUUGUGACCUUUGAUAACACAUCAUUCAAGUUAUUUUGAUGAAUGAAUAACUCAAGUAUACCUGAGUGCUACGGAUCUACCACAGUUGCUCACAAACUGCAUUGUGGACGGGGCUGGACAUUUCUCCUCUUCUUUGCCAAAACACCCAUAUUUUGGGCAUUAAACAGCACCGUCCAGCUUGGAGAGUCCCGGCUGCGGCCUGGCAUUCUGCCCUUAUGGGGCAGCAGCCGGGAAAAUUUGCAGGGGACCAGAGGAGACCCAGUCUGCCAGCUUUCAUCAAAGGUGGAAAGAAGGAGUCAUCACGUCAUGGGAGUCAGCCGUGUAAUGUUUUUGCAGUUCAUGAAGCUCUCCAGAAACCAGACUUUGAGGGUCAGGGUCUGACGGAAGCAGCCCGCUGGAACUCCAAAGAGAACCUUUUGGCAGGCCCUAGUGAGAAUGAUCCCAACCUGUUUGUUGCACUCUAUGAUUUUGUGGCCAGCGGUGACAACACACUUAGCAUUACUAAAGGAGAGAAGCUACGUGUGCUGGGAUAUAAUCACAAUGGUGAGUGGUGUGAGGCUCAGACCAAGAAUGGCCAGGGGUGGGUGCCAUCCAACUACAUCACUCCAGUCAACAGUUUGGAGAAGCACAGCUGGUACCAUGGUCCAGUCUCACGAAACGCUGCGGAAUACUUGCUUAGCUCUGGCAUCAACGGGAGCUUCCUGGUGCGAGAAAGCGAGAGCAGUCCUGGGCAGCGCUCCAUUUCUCUGCGAUAUGAGGGAAGGGUCUACCACUACAGGAUCAACACUGCGUCUGACGGCAAGUUGUACGUAUCGUCAGAGAGCCGAUUCAAUACACUGGCAGAGCUGGUCCACCAUCACUCGACAGUUGCUGAUGGACUAAUAACAACUCUUCAUUACCCUGCACCAAAGCGCAACAAGCCCACCAUCUAUGGGGUCUCUCCCAAUUAUGACAAAUGGGAGAUUGAACGCACUGACAUCACUAUGAAGCACAAACUGGGUGGAGGGCAAUAUGGAGAAGUGUAUGAGGGGGUUUGGAAGAAGUACAAUCUCACAGUGGCUGUCAAGACACUAAAGGAGGACACAAUGGAAGUGGAAGAGUUUCUAAAAGAAGCAGCUGUCAUGAAGGAAAUCAAACAUCCAAAUUUGGUGCAACUUCUCGGUGUAUGCACAAGAGAGCCCCCCUUUUACAUCAUAACAGAGUUCAUGACCCAUGGAAAUCUAUUGGAUUAUCUAAGAGAAUGCAACAGGGAGGAGGUCAAUGCUGUGGUGCUGCUUCACAUGGCGACACAGAUCUCGUCAGCAAUGGAGUAUCUGGAAAAAAAGAACUUCAUUCACAGAGACUUGGCUGCUCGUAAUUGUCUCGUAGGUGAGAAUCAUCUGGUUAAGGUGGCAGAUUUCGGCCUGAGCAGGUUGAUGACUGGAGAUACAUACACAGCUCAUGCUGGGGCCAAGUUCCCGAUUAAGUGGACUGCACCUGAAAGUCUGGCUUAUAACAAGUUUUCUAUUAAGUCUGAUGUAUGGGCAUUUGGUGUGUUGUUGUGGGAAAUAGCAACCUAUGGCAUGUCCCCAUAUCCCGGAAUUGACUUGUCUCAAGUCUAUGAGCUGCUUGAGAAGGAUUAUAGAAUGGACCGUCCAGAAGGCUGCCCAGAAAAAGUCUAUGAGCUAAUGAGAGACUGUUGGAGAUGGAAUCCAUCUGAACGACCAACUUUUGCUGAAGCUCACCAAGCCUUUGAAACUAUGUUUCAGGAAUCCAGCAUCUCUGAUGAGGUUGAAAAAGAGCUGGAGAAAAAGGGUAAGAAGGUAACAUUGGGGUCCAUCCAACAGGCUCCAGAGCUGCCCACAAAAACACGAACACUCCGUAAAAACAUGGACAACCGGGAUGAAAAUCCUGAUUUAUUGGAGCAAGAAGGAGUUGUAUCCUCACCUAUGCUGCCCAGAAAAGAACGCCCCUUCUUGGACAGUAACUUAAAUGAGGAUGACCGCUUGUUACCAAAGGACAAAGAUAAGACCCGAAGCAGUGGCUUUCUUAGCCUUAUCAAGAAAAAGAAGAAGAAUGCGCCUGCGCCGCCAAAAAGAAGCUCAUCUUUUAAAGAUGAUGUUCACCCAGAGCGCAGGGGGCUCACUGUAGAUCUACGAGACAGUACUGAUAACAACGGUGCACCUCAAGACAGCACACAUAACCUUGACUCAAAGUUUCAGGGUCUGGCCAACAACGGAGCGGUGGGCGUCACUAAUGGGGCCCCUACCUAUCCUGGACCUGCAUUCCCUAGAAAGAAGUAUGUCCCAACAAUGUUGGGGUCAGGGUCCAAAAUGGCUACUACCCCUCCUAAUGAAGAGGAGUUGACAAACUCAAAGCGUUUUCUGUGGUCAUCAAGCAUUCCUGUUGGAGCAGACAGCUCUGAGUGGAGAUCAAUGACUCUUCCACGAGACCUUGGUCAUCGCAGCAUUCAUUCAAGCUCUGCGAGGCCUGCUUUACCACUCAAAAGAGCAAGUGAACAAAAAGGAGACGCUACCCCUCGCCUAGGGACUCUGACUCCACCCCCCCGUUUGCCUAAAAAGGCAGAGGAAGCGCCUGAAGACUUUUGUAAAGACACUGAAAAGACACCCAGUCCAGGGUCCAGUCCCCAGGCCUUAACACCUAAGCUGGUCCGCAGACCAGGGACUGGAGCAGAGAGCUCUAAAACCAGUGCUCUCCAUGCUGAGCUGCUUAAGCCAAAUGUGUUCCCAGCUUUAGGGGCUGCUGGUGAUGAGUGCAGGGCCCGGAGAAACAAGUUUCAAAAACCCAAACCAGCUCCACCUCCACCACCCACCAACCCUAAAAAAGGCUCUCGCAGUCCCACACAAGAUCUGCCCUCUCCAUCAGACAUAAAAGGCAAAGUUGUCCCCUCUGUGUCUGAACCCCAACACACAACCACUGCCAGUGAGCAGCCUCGCUCUCCCAUUGGUGAUAGCUCCAAGAAGCUGCCUCUAAGCUCCAGCACAAAACCUCAAACAUUGAAGACCUCCUCCUCCUCUAACUCUGUGACAUGCUCCCUUUCCAGCCAGAGCCUUGGAGGCUUCUCUUCUUCACUCAUCUCCCCAGGGGAACAGACUUCAGCCACUGCUUUCAUCCCCUUAGUGAAUACCCGGCGAUCCUUACGCAAGACUGCACCACGGUCUUCUGCAGAGCGCACUCCUAAUUCAGCUGUGACUCGUGAGAUGGUUCUAGAGGGCACAGAGUUACUGCGGGUUGCUAUUAGCCGUAACUCUGAGCAGACAGGGAGUCACAGUGCUGUGUUGGAGGCUGGCAAAAACCUGUCCAAAUAUUGUAUGAGCUAUGUUGACUCCAUACAGCAGAUGAGGAACAAGUUUGCUUUCCGUGAGGCAAUCAACAAGCUGGAGAGCAGCCUUCGUGAACUACAGAUUUGUCCAACAUCAUCAGGGGGAGCAAAUACACAACAGGACUUCAGUAAACUUCUUUCUUCUGUCAAAGAGAUUAGUGACAUUGUACAGAGGUAGCCAACAAACUAAACAUCAAAGACUUGCCUUGUUUGUUAACAGUGGUCUAUGUGGCAGGGUACAGGCUGUUCAUCAGCAAUAAACAGGUUUAGCUUUGCUUCUAUAUUACGUGCUGAAACUCUAGAGCCUGUAGCAACAAAAGAUAAUAUUGAAAGCCUAGAACUUCAACACAGCAUUUUGUGGCUCGAUACAAUUCCAGGAGAUAAUGCUGAACAUUUUUCAGCAAUAUUUUUUACAAUUUAUUUGUUUAGACAGUAGUUUUUUUUUAUUCCAACACUUAUUAAACAAAACCAUUAUGUAUUUAAAGCAGACGUGUUGGUCUGUUUGAAAUCAGAGGUAAAUUGAAAUAUUCUACUCUGUGCCUAUUAUAUCUAAGAAGCUAAAUCAUGAAUUUGACAUGACCAUGUCUGAGGAAUGAAUGCAUUUUUAGUUUUACCAACAGUGCCAGAAUACUAUUAGCAGGUCUAUAUCACUGUGCCUUCACACAUGCUUUUAAUACUUUAUUUGUAGAAAGGUCAUCAAAUGUGUUAUUACCAAAAACAUAUCUCCAGAGUGGAGAGGGACCAGGGUGUAUUCCUAUGCUGUUUAUAUUUUAAGUUUUCUUCACAUGCCAGUCUCUAAAGCCAUUAUCAAUAAUGGUGUAGUCUUAACAAAUUGCUAAUUUUCUAGAGCCAAUAUUACUUUAGCAAUUGACCAGCCACUUUGCCUGAGUGUUUAUUCUUUUAGUCACACAUUGACAAUGGCCUUUUCUUCCCAGCAUUUAAAGGGUUCAGGUGAAAACACUGGACUAAGAUGUUUGAUCAUCUUCAUGAUCACUUUCAAUGGAGAGCUCAGUUACAGACCAAAAAUGCCCUCUAUACUUAGUAUGGUACUAGUGCUGUAGUCAUUUCUGCUAAUCUUUGACAGUCAACAGCCUACAGUAAUUCAACAUAGUAAAUUCUGUGCUUGCCAUCUGUAAUUUUCCUUUUUCCAGCCAUACCACUCUGAGUUUGUAUGCUGCCUCACUUAUGUAAAGAAAUGUCUUUGUAAGUAUGUUUGCUCCUCAAGUUCGGUGCAAUUUUUGUUGCAAUAAAACAAAUGUUACUUGAAAA